AUGCACAAAGCUAUGGAUCUUCAUCAUCAUCCUUAAAACUUUCAGUUAAGAGUGUCUAUUGAGGUCCCAAACACUCCAAGAUUCAUAAUGACAUUUGCGAAAGAGUAAUACCUCAAUGUCAAAUAAUUUAUCUCACAUGUCUGCUAAUAAACAGGCCUCGAUGAAUCUUAGAAAUAUUUACUCAUGCUUGAUGAUGCAGUGAUUGUGAGUAUAGAAUCUAUUAGAGAUAACGAUAGACUAUGUCUUGUUCAAGCAAAAGCUAUUAUUUAAGAUUAGAAACAAUAAACCUUCUGCUAAAAUGUUGCACCAGGAGCUCAAAAUAAUACCCAAGAGUAAAUGGGAACUCCAAUGAUUUAAAAUCUGAAUCAUCAAGUAAACCCGAACAAUUAAGUUACAACAAAUGUAAGAUUGAAUCCUGAGACCCCCGGAAAAUUUUUGUUAGAUACCUUCAAACAAUCUAACUCAAUAUAACCUACUUUACAGGUCAACCUGGAACCCUCAAUGAUUCCAAUGAGAAGGUGA